AUGAAAGAUGAAAAGUAUUAUAUAUGUAUGUGUGCACACGUUAGUUGUUCAGUCGUGUCUGACUCUUUGCAACCCAUGGACUGCCAGGCUCUGUCCAUGGGACUCUCCAGGCAAAAAUUCUGGAGUGAGUUGCCAUUUCCUUCUCCUAUAUAUAUUUAUAUAUAUUUUAUGUUUGUGUACAUAAGAAGUGGUAAGUUUUAUAAGAAACUGAAAAUAGUUCUCUCUGUUGGGGGAGAGCUGCAGCAAUGGGAGUCACAGGUGGAAAGGACACUUCAUAUCAUUUCAUUUUCUAAUAUUAAAUUUUAA